CAAAGAAAUUCUGAGAAAAAAAAAGUUGUUUUAGGUAAUUCUGGUGUGUCUUUGUGAUUUACAAGUGAAGAGCAAUGGCGACAAGGCAACAAAGGGAAGAGAGAGCCGAGGCGGCAGUGAGAAUUGCUGCGGCUGACCUGAGAGACGUGAACCGAGGAAGAGAAUAUGAAGAGGGAGUUUAUAUGGUUGAUACCACGACGGAUCAACCGCAGCAGCAACAAGAGAGACCAGGGGUGAUUGGGUCGGUUUUGAGGGCUGUGACGGGCACAAUCGGGCAUGCCAAAGACGCCGUUGUUGGGAAGAGCUAUGAGGCUGCGGAGACAACCAAGGAGGGAGGUCAAACGGCGGCGGAGAAAGCGAAAGAGUAUAAGGACUACACCACGGAGAAGGGGAGGAAGACAACCAACAAGGCCGGACAGAAGGUGGAGGAAUAUGAAGAUUAUGCGGCAGAGAAGGCUAAAGGAAAGGUGGGAGAGUAUGCAGAUAAGGCAAAGGAGACCACAAAUUAUGCUGCACAGAAAGCCAAGGAAACGAAAGACAAGACAAUGGAAAAGGCGGAAGAGUAUACAGAUUAUACUGCAGAGAAGGCAAAAGAAGCUAAGGAUAAAACUAUGGGGAAGGCUGGAGAGUAUAAAGAUUAUACAGCACAAAAGGCGAAAGAAGUUAAAGAUUAUACCGCAGAGAAGGCAAAAGAAGCUAAGGACACGACGUUAGGGAAAGCCGGGGAAUAUAAAGACUUUACUGCGGAAAAGGCGAAGGAGGCUAAGGACAAGACGUUGGGGAAGGCUGGAGAGUAUAAAGAUUAUGCAGUGGAGAAGUCGAAGGAGGCCAAGGACACUACAAUGCAAAAGGCUGAGGAGUGCGAGCAUUAUACUGCUGAGAAAGCAAAAGAAGGGAAGGAUACUACUGUGGGUAAGCUGGGUGAGUUCAAGGAUUCUGCUGCUGGUGCUGCCAAGAAAGCAAUGGAUUACUUGACUGGUAAAAAAGAGGAAACUAAACAGGAGGUUGAAGAGACUGCAGAAUCAGCUAAGCAAAAGGCUGUCGAGACUAAAGAGUCAGCUAAGCAAAGGGCUCAAGAGACUAAAGAGUCUGCUAAACAGAAGGCUGAAAAGGCUAAGCAGAAGGCUCAGGAGACCAAAGAGUCGGCUGAACAGAAGGCUCAGGAGACCAAAGAGGCAACAAAGGAGAAGUUGAGUGAAUCGGAAGAGGCAGCUAGGCAGCAAAUGGAAGAAUUGAAGCUGAAAGGUGAAGAUUACAACUAUGGAGCUGACCAAAAGGCCCGUGACCAUGAAGUUGAAAGGGAAUCAAGGGGAAACAUCUUCAGCUCCAUGACGGACGCCAUAAAGAGCAAGCUCACUCAGCCAACUGACGUAGUGGAAGAGACAAGGGCUGGGAGCACAGGAAGAACUGUGCCAGUUGAGAGAGUUGAGAUCAACAUUGAAGAGACACGUCCCGGAGCCAUUGCGGAAACAUUGAAAACGGCGGAUCAGAUGACGGGGCAAACUUUUAAUGAUGUUGGACGCAUAGAUGGUGAAGGCACCAUACGCAUAGAGCGGAAAGAAGACCGCUAUGGCAAAAUGUGAUCAAAGUUGUAGGAAGAAAACCAUAUAAUAUCUUUAAUUAGCUUCGUUUUGUUUUUUCGUUGUUGACUUUGUAAUUUGAAUCUUGGUUCUUUCUGGGUUCCUGUAAGCCUCCAGAUACCGCUAUGUAUCAUUGCUUUUGUUUGCUAGCUAUUCCUGGUUUCCACUCUGUGGACUUUCAGUUUGGGUAUCUUGCUAUUGAAUCCAA